AUGCCUAUUAUACUUGAAAUUAUUGGACUAACACAUUUUUGUUUCAAUUUUGCAACUGACAAAUUUGAUGGGAAGCAGCCUCUUUCACUAACUAUUGAGAAAGAAUUUGCUCAAAACUCAAAAAGGUUUAAAUCUGUGGAUCAACAUCCAACUGAGCCAUGGAUUCUAGUAAGUUUGUAUUCAGGAACUGUUUGUAUCUGGAACUACCAGUCACAGACCUUGGAGAAGUCCUUCAAGGUCACUGAGUCACCAGUGAGGUCAGCCAAGUUCAUAGCACGUGAAAACUGGAUUGUCACCGCGUCUGAUGACAAAUACAUUCGUGUAUACAACUAUGAUACGAUGGAAAAGAUCAAAGAAUAUGAAGCACACACAGACUUCAUCAGGAGUGUUGCUGUCCAUCCCACUUUACCAUAUCUGUUGUCAUGUUCUGAUGACAAGGUUAUAAAGCUUUGGGAUUGGGAGAAGGAUUGGUCAUGUACUCAGAUCUUCGAGGGGCAUUCGCACUAUGUGAUGCAAGUGGCAUUUAAUCCGAAAGACACCAGUACUUUUGCUAGUGCAUCGCUAGAUGGCACCAUUAAGAUAUGGAACAUUGGUUCUCCUACCGCAGAGUUUACCUUAGAUGGCCACUCAAAAGGAGUUAAUUGCAUCGAUUACUUCAGUUGCAGGGAUAAACCAUAUCUAUUGAGUGGCUCAGAUGACUUUACUGCUAAGGUAUGGGACAUUGAAACCAAAAGUUGUGUGCAAACUCUAGAAGGUCAUGAGCACAAUGUAACAGCUGUAUGUGUUCAUGCUGAGCUUCCCAUAAUAAUUACAGUUUCUGAGGAUGGGAACGUUCACAUAUGGAAUGCAACCACUUUUAGGCUAGAGAGCAAAUUGAACUAUGCUCUUGAAAGAGUAUGGGCCAUUGGACACUUGAAAGGAUCAGACAA